GAAAUGUCCGUGUCGGCUACCGUAGCGUAGUGACAACACGGCAAAGCACUUUGGUCUGAACCUGCUUGCGUCUAAGCUGUUAGCUUGGCUGAUAAGUAGUACGCUAGUUUGUUGUGGAUGCGGACAGUCAGGCUGUGAUUUAGACAGUUGGCUGGAGUCGGUUCGUCUGUCCAGGACUUGGAACUUGUAGAGGAAAAUGAGGCUGAAGGAGAUCCAGAGGACUGCCCACCAGGCGUGGAGUCCUGCCAGCCACCAUCCUAUCCACCUGGCCUUGGGGACAUCAGCUCAGCAGCUUGACGCCUCUUUCAACACCACAGCUGCCCUGGAGAUAUUUGAGGUGGAUUUCUCUGACCCCUCGCUAGAAAUGCAGCUCAAAGGGUCAUUACCCACCUCAAACAGGUUGCACAGUAUCAUAUGGGUGAAUUUUGGAAUGGGAGCAGAUGGUGCUGGAGGGAGACUGGUUGGUGGCAGCGAAAAUGGAAUAAUAACUGUAUAUAACCCAGAUGUCAUAAUGAGCUCUGGAGCAGAUGCUGUAGUGGGACAGUCUGACAAACACACAGGACCCAUUCGAGCACUUGAUUUCAACCCUUUUCAGAGUAAUCUUCUCGCAUCAGGGGCAAAUGAUUCAGAAAUUUAUAUCUGGGAUCUGAACAACUUUAGCAGCCCAAUGACGCCUGGAGCAAAGACACAGCCCGCAGAAGACAUCAGUGUUGUGUCUUGGAACAGGCAGGUUCAGCACAUCCUGGCCUCUGCCAACCCCAGUGGAAAAGCAGUUGUGUGGGACCUGAGAAAGAACGAGCCCAUCAUCAAGAUCAGUGACCACAGCAACAGGAUGCACUGUUCAGGAAUGCUUUGGCACCCUGAUGUGGCCACUCAGUUAGUGCUGGCGUCUGAAGAUGACCGACUGCCAGUCAUCCAGAUGUGGGACCUCCGCUUUGCCACCUCGCCCUUUAAAGUCCUUGAGAACCACACAAGGGGAAUUUUAUCCAUAUCCUGGAGCCAAGCGGACUCUGAGCUCCUGCUGAGUAGUGCAAAAGACAACAGGAUUCUAUGUUGGAAUCCAAAUACUGGAGAGGUCAUUUACGAGCUUCCAACAACGAACCAGUGGUGUUUUGAUGUCCAGUGGUGCCCCAGGAAUCCAGCCCUGCUUUCAGCCGCCUCAUUUGAUGGGAGAAUCACAGUCUACUCUGUGAUGGGAGGAAGCUUGAAGGCUCAGCAGCUGAGCACAGCUGAUAAGAUCUCCUCCUCAUUUGAUACAAUGGAUCCCUUUGGUACAGGACAGGUGCUGCCUCCACUGCAAGUUCCUCAGUCUACAGUUCAAGACACCAUAGUUCCCCCUCUGAAGAAGCCACCAAAGUGGGUGCGCAGGCCAGUGGGGGCUUCCUUUGCUUUUGGUGGAAAGCUGAUAACCUUUGAGAAUCCAAAGCUGCCCCCAGUGCAGAGCCCCCAACCCGCCCCCAGACAAGUGUUUGUGAGCCAGGUUACCACGGAGACAGAGUUCCUCCUGCGCUCCAGGGAACUGCAGGCGGCGCUGCAGUCAGGCUCCUUCAACAGCUACUGCCAAGCCAAGAUUCAGAACGCCAAGUCAGACGCGGAGCAGGACAUAUGGAAGUUCCUUCUGGUAAACUUUGAAGAUGAAGCCCGCAUUAAAUUCCUCAGACUUUUGGGUUUCAGCAAAGAUGAAUUGGAGAAAAAGAUUUCAAAGUGUCUGGGGAAGAGUUUUCAGCACAAUGGACAUGGAGUAGAUGCCAAAGACCUGGCAGAGAAGAUGCAGAGACUCUCCACUGAGAGGGCUGAAGAAGCAACUGAAGGGGGAACCUCAGGUUCCGUUUCACCCGCAGACUUCUUUAGUCAGACCCCAAAGGAAAAUUCCAACUUCCAGAUCCCUGUGUCAUGUGAUACUGAUGGUUUGAUAAGCCAGGCGCUGCUGGUUGGUAACUUUGAGGGAGCCGUGGAUCUCUGUCUGAAUGAUGGUCGUUAUGCUGAAGCCAUUCUGUUGUCUAUCAGUGGAGGAGAGGAGCUGCUCAAGAAAACUCAGCAAAAAUACCUAAGCAAGCAAAAGAACAGCAUUUCAAUGCUUAUCUCUUCAGUGGUGACCCAGAACUGGAGAGACAUAGUGGAAAGCUGUGAGUUGGACAACUGGAAGGAGGCUCUUGCUGCUCUGCUGACCUACGCCCACCCUGAGGAUUUUGCCCGUCUGUGUGAUACCCUGGGAGGCCGGUUGGAGAAUGAGAGGACAGAAAAGCGCUGCCUGCAGGCCUGUCUGUGUUACAUCUGCUCUGGGAACAUUGAGAAGUUAGUGGAGUGCUGGACCUCUCACAGAGAAAGCUCCUCCCCUCUUGGUCUUGAGGAUCUGGUUGAAAAAGUAAUGAUGCUGCGUAAGUCAAUUGAGCGCCUCCGCAACAGCGAGGUGGCUGUCCAGAGUCCCAUCCUGGCAGAGAAGCUAACUUGCUAUGCUGGCAUACUGGCAGCAGAGGGCAGUCUGGCAGCUGCCAUGGCCUACCUGCCUGAAAACUCUGACCAAGCUGGAAUCAUGAUGCUGAGAGAGAGGCUGUUCCAUGCUCAGGAAGAGGCUGCCGUCGGACAGCAGCCUGCAAAUUCCUUCAAGCGAGUCAGUGUGUCCACGGCCAAACCUUCUCCUGCUGCUCAGACUCCUGCACCAAAAGCUCAAGUUAUGAGUCAGUACCAGCCUUCCACUGCUGCCCAACAGCAGCCUCAUAUGCCGUCAGUUUUUAACCCACAAGUUCCAGCCAACACCGGGCCUGGUCUGCCACCUUCUUCUCAUGUACUGCCGCCCAAUGCGACCCGCCCUGCAAUGAGGCCUUCCUACCCCCAACAUCCCGCUCCGGCUCCAGGUUUCCUUCCUCAUCAGCCAUUCCAACCUCAGCCUAUGCCCAUUGGUGGACCCUCAGCCUUCCCUCCUCCAGGUCCUUCUAUGCCAGCUGCUAACUUAUCAGGACCUCCACUACAGCCUGCGUCAUCGAACCCCGGAGGCCUGCCUCCUAUGCCCAGCCCCGGGGUGCCACCGACAAGCUUCAUGCCUUCUACCUCUUUACCCUCUGGCCUCAUGCCAUCCAGUUCCCAGCCCGGAGCCCCAGUUCCCAUGUACCCAGGGGGCCUCCACAACCAGCCUGCACCCCCCAUGGCCUCUGGUCCAUAUGCACCCCUUGGAUCAGGGUAUCCGCAGGGCGGUCCCGGAGCUCCUGCCGUAAAGCCCUUCACAGCCCCUGCUGUUGCUCCUCCUCCUACAGCCCCUCAGGAAGGCUGGAAUGACCCACCAGCGGUGCGAGGUGGACCCAGGAAGAAGAAGGUCCCUGAUAACUACACUCCACCAGCCCCCAUCACAGCCCCUGUGAUGGGAUUCCCUGUGGAGGCCCCUCAGCCCCACGACCAUGCCCAAGUCCCCCCUGGGGCCCCCCAGGAGCCCAGUGUGCAGCUCCUCCAGCAGCUGCCAGCAGAGAGGGUGGAGCAGAAAGAAAUCCCAGCUGAACACAUGGUCCUCAAAUCCACCUUUGACAGCCUGGUGCAGCGCUGCCAGCUCGCAGCAAGAGACCCACAAACAAAAAGGAAACUUGAUGAUGCAGCCAAACGUUUGGGAUACCUGUAUGACAAGCUGAGAGAGCAGUCGCUCUCUCACAGCAUCCUGAACGGGCUCCACGAAAUCAGCCGCUGUGUGGCGAGCCAGAACUACCAGCGAGGUCUGGAGGUCCACACCCAGGUGGUCAGCAGCAGCAACUUCAGUGAGAUCUCAGCCUUCAUGCCCAUCCUCAAAGUGGUCAUGACCAUCGCCAACAAGCUGGGCGUCUAACCCCCAGAGACACCGCCAUACCGCACUUCAGUGUUAAAUUGUUAUAUAUGUAUUUAUUUCUCUUUUUUUGACCUGAUGACAAGCUUUGAUAAUGAAAAUAAUUACUGAUAACAUUGCGGAUUGUGGUCUUUCACUCCAUACUUAUUCCUUCCCGGAGGGACUUGGCUGAUUGUGACAGUGAGGUGGAUUUUUGUAGAGAUUCGUCGAUAUUGCUGUGAUAAUUUUACAAUAUGAAAAGAUGAAUGUAUUCUCUGAAAGUUGUGAUUCUGUGUAAAUUCAACAGUUUAUGUAAUAUACAAAAGUGGUGCAAAAGUUUGAAUCAAGGUGGUGUUUGUACAAGUAGGUGCAUUUUCUGAGCCCACGUUUCGCUCUGCACACGUGCAUAUUGUUGAGUUCAUGGAAACAUUAUUGAUUGAAAGCAUGCAGUGCUCCAGCUGCAGAAGCAAAACGUCUGGGACAAGUAACUCCUGCGUCCGCUACGGGGGGUUGGAAAUUGGGAUAAUAAAAUCUGCGUUGCACUUAC